AUACGACAUAUAUUCCUGGAAGUUCUGCUAUGGCAACGGAAUCUACGACAACUGAUAAGCCUAAUACCACUGAGGUUUUAGGAGUGGAAGAUACCACAGCAGCUCCGACAACCUCCUUACCAUAUACAGAAUCCGCACACACGACAUAUAUUCCUGGAAGUUCUGCUAUGGCAACGGAAUCUAUGACAACUGAUAAGCCUACCACUGAGGUCUUAGGAGUGGAAGAUACAACAACAGCUCCGACAACCUCCUUACCAUAUACAGAAUGUUCUCACACCAACACUCAGUGUCAGCAAGGCUGGGACAUCUUUGGCCGCAAGUGCUACAUGUACGUUUCGAUGGAUGAAAAUUGGAAAUGGCAUUCCGAUAAUUGUAAGAAUAAUUACAGCGCAACCAUGUUGGUGAUCGAAUCAAGCGAGGAAAAUGAUUUCAUCCGUCAUGCAUACGGCGAUAACAGGAGGGAUAUCUGGCUUGGGUGCUUCCAGCAAACGAAUUUAACGUAUUGGUUCUGUCCUAAAACUGGCGCGAAGUGGUUCGAUACGCGGGAUACCAUGGAUACAGGCUACUGGAGUAAGUCAAGUCUUCUUUUUCACCCCGAUCGUAUGAAUCUUAAACAUGAUGUUCACACCACCGAAACCUACCAAAGACUGUGAAAAACUGUUACGUUAUUUCCAGUGGCAUAAUUGGUUUCAAUUGUGUGACCGUAGCCCCUAUGGCGUUAUUCUUGGCAAUCUUGAAGUAGCGCUUCGUGUGACUUUUCAAAUUAUUGGCCAAGAUGAUCGGAAGGCAGAAUCAUAUACAGACAAGGAAAACGGAAGGGAGGAAAGCGUAAAAUUAUUCUCACUUGUGAUUGACUAUCAAGGGAUAAAGGGGUGUGACAAGGUUUAGUCGGCCUAAAAUUCGUUAUUAUCGGAAAUAGUUAGAAUAAAGCAAUCUAAAAGCCUCGAGGCCUGUGGGUUGCACGGAUUGUAAUCGAUACCUUAACAGAUGAACUCCAUUGAUCAGUUAACGUUUUUCGUUAUUUCGAAGGGCAUUUAUUGCUCUGAUUUGGGAUCUGUUUCGCUGGUAUCAUUGUAACGUAACAUGCUAAUGCCAUAGUCACACCAGCGAAACGGAUUCCAUACCGAUCGAAACUUUAUCCAUGAUCAAUUUAUUUUCAAUGACCCCAUCAUCAGUCGGAUUAGAUUCGGAUUCAUUCAUGUCAUUGUAGAAUAAUCCCAAAGUUAUAACAUAACAGUGAAACAGAUCCAAGGCCGAACAGUUAGACUGGAAUCGGUUUGUUGGUGUGGCAGGGCAGAAAAUACCCAGGAAAUACAGGUCAGGAUGUUUGAAUAACAAGUCAAGCCAGUCUAUAUUUCGAAUUAUGUGUCUAUUUCCGUCCAUUUAUCUCGUCGGUCAAUCAUAUUUCCAUUUAUUUUAUUAACAUACAUAUAUGUUGCCGUCGUUAAUCUAUAUUAAAAAAAAAUUGGAGCAAGUCCAACCUUUUUUUUUCAACUAGAGGAAAAAAGGCAAUUUUUUCACGUAAAACAGAAAAUUGAAAUGUGAAAAGAUAGAUUAUUGUGGUGAUCGUUCUCUUACAACAAUUGAACUAGGGACCAUUAGUGGCUAUUCAAACCAAACUUUGGAACUCGCAAAAGAAGGGAAGGAUUUAUAUGUACGGUGCGUAUCAAUAAAAAGUUUACACUUUGGAAAAGCCCUGGGAAUUGAAAAAUGUAGAAUAUGGGAAUAAUUUUUUUCACAUACAUUCUUAGGUUUGGGUCUCAAUUAUAAAAUGAAAGUAACAUUUUGACAGUAUAGUUCACUUGACUGAGCGCUGCCAAUUUUUGUAAAGCUCGCUGAUCUGCUUAUUUUCACGCUGUGUCAGAGGAAAAUAAGGCGCCAACAAACUGACCUUGUGGUACAUUUUCCAUGCAUUUCUUUUGUAUUUUUAGCGUAUUGAAAAAAAACAGAUACAUUUCAACAUUUUGUAACAACUUUGCCACCGAAAUUAACAUUUUAACCCGAGGUAAGCACAACAUUUACUUUUUUUGCCAGCUGGAUCUGAGGAUAUAACUGAAGGCAAAGUUUUUUUCAGACACCUCAGCAUUCUUUCACUAAGUUUGUAUCAUUUAAAGCAUGUACAGUGGGACCACAUUUCAUAUUUCAUUUAAUACUUGUUUAUCCUCACUAUUCUU